AUGACACUCAAAGACGGUACCUACGCCAUUUCUAGCAUCCUCCCUACCAACCCGGUCCUUGAUAUUGCCGGUCCCAACCCCUUUGCCAACCCCCUCGCCGGUAUUAUCUGUUUCACAAAAAAGACUAUCGAGCCCCAGAGCCAACAGUGGCAGGUAACCACUCUUCGCCCGGGUGUCUAUAGUCUACAAUAUAUCAUUGGCCCCUGCUGGAUUACUGCUCCCGUCGACGGUGGCGUUGCGCAAGUUGACACGUCUAGAUAUGACCCCAACCUGGCGACUCGUUGGAAUAUUUCCGAGGCCGACCCGAGUUCUGGCAACUACCUGAUUGAGAGCGUACAGUUUCCCGGCCGCGUUAUAGACCUUGAUCAUGCCAGCCACGCUGACAAUAUUACUGCUCUUCUGUAUCCAUACCACAAACAAAAGAAUCAACUGUGGCAGUUUACUCCUGUGGAAAUAAACUUCUAG